AAUUGUUUCAGCUUAGAAUCCCAGCUUAUUUGCUUCAGAGAUAAGACAACCAUGGCUGACACCAAGCUGCUUCAGACCCACUACAGCAAGUCUAUACACGGGAGCCACAUCUUGCACUUUCACAAUGUGCUCGAUGCAUACGGCCAUCUGUCCUUCCGCCAUCCCACAGACUCGUCUCUCUUUUUUAUGGCAUGUAGCAUCGCACCAGCACUGAUCGCUACCGAGGCAGAUCUGAUCGAAUAUCGCGUUUCAGACGGAGAGCCGACCAACCCCAACGCAGCGCAAGGCUACAUUGAACGCUACAUCCACUCCGAGAUUUAUCGCCGCUUUCCGGACAUCAAUGCCGUGGUGCACAGCCAUGCCGAGUCGGUGAUCCCCUUCACGAUCUCGGGCGUACUGCUCAAACCGUGCUAUCACAUGGCCGGCUUUCUGAAUCCUAAUGGCGUGCCGGUCCACGACUCGGCCAACGAUGUUGUCGCGCCCAAUGUGCCGGAUCUGCUGGUGCGCAAUACGUACAUGGGCGAAGCCUUGGCCAGGCGCUUUGACGGCGACAACAAAGUCACGCUGAUGCGUGGCCACGGCUACACUGUUGCGGCCAAGUCCAUCGAACUCGCCGUCUUCUAUGCCAUCUACACGCAGAAGAAUGCUGCCAUUCAAAGCGCCGCCGUUGGGCUAAUUGCUGCCGUUGGUGGUUCUAUGCGAAACUUGCGCUUGCUAAAUGAUGAUGAGGCUCGGGAGCGCACUGCGUCUGUGGCUACGACGGCUAAACGUGCGUGGGAGCUGUGGGUGGUUGAAGUUUCCGAUUCUACGCUGUACCCGAAGCACUGAGCGUUAAAAAUACAUAGUUAGAAAAAGAAGAAUGGGUUUAUAGAUUCUAGCAAAGUUAAAAGUCCAUAACAGCUGCUGCUUGGAUAAACUAUAAAGCAUAUUGAUAGUCAGAUUAGGGCAAAAGAAAACUUUUAUUUUUAAAUAUGUGCUGGAAUUCUAUAUUUUGAGCAUAGAAG